AUGAGGAACUCGAGCGAUGGGAAACCUCGGUCACCUCCAUUCAGACCAACGGCAAACGUCCCGAGACCAUAUUGGAAUACUGGAAACGCCAAUCGGACGGUGUGUCCGAAGAUACCGAAGAGGGACAUUGAGAUGCACAUUCCGUGUAAUGUCAAGGUAGGACUGGAAGAUGGCGACAUGGAAGGAUUCGAGCUCUUGGAUGGGUACUUCUCCGGUGAUAGUGACUUUGACGUUGAUGACGAACUCGACGCUUAGCAUUUCAGCCAGUUUUAGGGCUUCUUCGGCUCUUUUCUUCUUGUUCGCCUUGCGAUCGUUGCUUCUUAGCCUCACCGCUAGUUCAAUCUGCUCCUUUGGAGUGGGAGUUGGUUUCUUCUGAUGUCGAUUCCGUUGUAAGCCUUGAGGGGGCCCACUCUGGUUUUUUUGGCGGCACUAAUCAAUACCCGAGAUCGGGCAACUGCUCUUGC